UGAGGGCGAGGGUGACGGGCCACAAGCCAGUGUGAUUCUUUGUGUGUCUCUGGGUGUGUCCCAGAGCGGGUCUGGAUACGGAGACGUAUCCUUGCGGGGGUGUUCCUUGGAUGGGGGGCCCCAGAGUGCCUGAGGCCAGAAGUCUCUCCAGAGCGGGGGUCUUGGCCCGUAGGGCAGCGGGUUCCCAGUGGGCCCCCUCAAAGUUUGGGCCCGCUGGUGCCCUGACUCACUGGCUCCCGCUCCCUCUCCCUCUCACCCACUCGCUCACAAAGAUUCCUCUCGCUGGAGGCUCUCCGCUCGACGCAGCCUGGCUGAAAACGGCUCUAAGCGCCGCCGGUGGCGGGGACUCCGCGGACCCCCGUGCGCCGGGUCCCGCAGGGGGAGGGCGGUGGCGCCGGCCCGUGGAGAGACAAGUCCCCGGGGACCCCGGGCUGCGCGCCAGGAGGCCAGAGCGGCCCCCCUGCAGCCCCGCCCUCCCCGUGGGGCUCAUCCCUCCGCCUGGGGGGGCCCGCUGGGGGCCCGCACCCAGCGCGUCAACCGCGUGCGCCCCCGCCUGGGAGCGGUGCCCUGCAGUUCCAGGGGCUCAGAGUCCACCCAAGCAGACGCGUGCGCCCGCCACGUCCUGGCGUGCAGAGGGUCUGAGGCCGCGAUCCCCCCAGCCCCCGGGGGCCUGGCCUGGCGCCCUCGGCCCAGCUGCCCAGGCUGCCUCGCUCGGGUGACGUCAGCGCCCCGGUCCCCGCCGCAGCCGCUGCAUCCUCCGUGCCUGGCCUGAGCCGGAGUCCCCCGCGUCCCCUGCGUUCCGCCCG